AUGGCGUCCAAGCCCAUCGGCGCGCCCAUAGGAUUCCAUGACCUGCCCAAUGUGCCCGACUGUGAGGAGCCGGGGCUUCCCUUAUCGACAGCGCCGAGCCUGUUGCCGCCGACGGGGACGCUCCAAGGGCUGCCCAAGAUGCCUGGGAGCGCGACCCCCGACCCGCCGCUGCUGUCUCUGGGCCCGGCGCCCCUGAGCGACAUCGGUGCGACUGUGUCCGGAAAUUUCCGCAAGGUCCUUGAACAGGUGGUCCACCAGUACUUGCAAGACAUGGAAGACCUGGAGAACAGGCUCCGGGUUUCCCGGGAGUCGGACUUCCACAGGUCCAAGUCACCCCACGAGGAGGAGGACGAGGAUGAUGGGCUGAAGACACCACCAGAGGCCUUCAGUCCCAUGUCUUCACCAGUCGUCAAGCCGCGGCGCAUGUCCACGGGACAAAUGGCAGACGAGCCUCUAACGCGUGAGAUAAGCAAGAAGAGCGGCUUGAUGGGCCGCUCCUCGACGACGGCCUUUUGGGUGCACGGGAAGAAGCCUCGGCAGCUACAGGCCAGUGAGGUCCUGGACGCGUGGGAGAACCAGGAGUCGAAGGUAGAGGAGCUGUUCAAAGUCGAUCCUCUGCAGGAGCCGGAGGCCCCCCGCGAGAACUUCCUCCUCGUCCAGGAGACGGAGACGACCGACAGGCUCGCAGUUCGGACGCCCAUGGAGCGGUUCCAGGUCUUCUUGCAAUCGAGCAAAUUCGACAUGGUGUCCCUGGGCUCAUUUGGCAAGGCAUCGCGCAAGGGCUAA